GCUAGCAAGCGUCUCUGUGGACUAAUUAAGUAAGGUCAAACGAUCAACCAAUUUGAUUUGAUUUGAUUUCGUUUGAUCUCUUCGAGUUUGUGCUCUUCGUGAAUCUAAAUUUUACAGUCAGAGAUGUCAAAACCCUCUUCUUCCAAAUUGAUUUUCCUUAGGUUUCUUUAUCAGCAGCGUUCAACACCCUUGUCACCACCGAAACCCCCAAUUUCAUCGACUCCCAUUUCUCAAAUCCUACAUCGUAACCCAUGGAGUCCAUUAUCCCACAGACCCCACUUCAUGUCGUCUUCAAUUUCAAAGAUUUCCCAAAACCCAUCUCAGAAACUACCCUUGGAAGCCAAUUUGAGCAGGAAUCUUACUGGGGUUGGAUCAUCUCAAACAACUCACUUCACAUCCUCUUCAAUUUCGAGAGUUUCACAACCCUCACAAACCAAUUUGAUUAGGAACUUUAUUGGGUUCAGGUACAUUUCUACUGGGAGUUCGAAUCUGGGUGGUAAAUUAGACGUGAAUUUGUUGAAGAGUAAGGUUAAAGAACCCGCGACAGCAGUUAAGAAAGCGUUUUCCAGGUAUAAGCAAGCUGUUGGACUGCAGAUGGAGGCGUUUUGGAGGAGAAACAGCAUGGUGUUGUUGGGUGCUGGUGGGGUUUUUGUGUGUAUCUUGCUUUGGAGGAUUAUGUUUGGGAUCGCAAAUACUUUUAUUGGGUUAUCUGAGGGUAUUGCCAAGUAUGGUUUUCUUGCUCUUUCCUCUGCUAUCGUCGCAUUUGCUGGCUUGUAUCUCCGUUCAAGAUUCACUAUAAAUCCUGACAAGGUUUACCGAAUGGCAAUGACAAAACUCAACACAUCAGCCGACAUUCUUGAAAUCAUGGGUGCUCCGCUAACUGGAACCGAUCUAAGAGCAUAUGUUAUGUCAGGAGGCGGUAUAACACUAAAAAACUUCAAAGCAGCCCUCAGGAGCAAGCGUUGUUUUCUUAUUUUCCCAAUUCGUGGUGCUGAGAUGAAAGGCUUAGUUAGUGUCGAGGUCAAGAACAAAAAGGGCAAGUAUGAUAUGAAAUUGCUAUCAGUCGACAUUCCAAUGGCAACAGGACCCGAUCAGCGUCUAUUCCUGAUUGGAGACGAAGAAGAAUAUAGAGUGGGUGGUGGGUUGAUAUCAGAACUAAGAGAUCCUGUUGUGAAAGCAAUGGCAGCAGCCAAGGAGUUUGAAGCGCGCGAUAUAAUAGAGGACAAAGAAGACGCUGAAAGAGAACUCGCGGAGGCAGAGAGAAAACAUCGUGAAGAAGUUGAAAAGAUUGAAAGAGAGGGUUCAUAGGGAUCCUUUUUGGGUGCGUUUUUCUUCGUGUUUUACAUCGAGCUGUUCAUACCCUUGUAAUUGGGACAAAGGCCAAAUUGAAUCAGUCAAGAAUGUUGUUUAGGAUGCAUUGAAA